AUGACCAGCCCCGGCUCGAAGCUCUUCACUUCCGUUGGUGUUGGCGCGAUCAAGACUGGGCACAGGGUUGUGCUUGCGCCGUUGACGCGCUACAAGGCGGACAAAGAACAUGUGCCCUACCUUCCGCUCGUGAAGGAGUAUUACACCCAGCGAGGCAGCACCCCAGGCACGCUACUCAUCACGGAGGGCACGUAUAUUGCUGCAAAAGCUGGUGGCUACGCACAUGUUCCAGGUAUCUGGAGUAAAGCCCAAAUCGCAGCCUGGAAGGAGAUAACGGACUCUGUUCACGCACAAGGGUCGUUCAUCUUCCUGCAGCUCUGGUCAAUCGGACGGGCUGCCGAUCCGGCUCAACUUCUGUCCGAGGACCCAACUUUCUCCUACGUCUCGGCGUCAGAUGUUGGGUACACUUCCCGACCUGAUGGACCCCUUCCACGACCAUUGACGAUAGAGGAGAUUAAGGAAUACGUUGAGCUCUAUGCUCAAGGCGCGGCCAACGCAAUCGAGGCUGGCUUUGAUGGUGUAGAGGUUCAUUCCGCCAACGGAUAUCUUCCUGAUCAAUUCAUCCAAGACGUUACCAACAAGCGGACAGACGAUUACGGAGGCAGCAUCGAAAAUCGGUCCCGCUUCGUGCUCGAAAUUGUCGAAGCAGUGGUCAAGAGGGUCGGGGCUCAGCGGACAGGAAUACGACUAAGCCCCUGGGGUCACUUUGGUGAAAUGGGCAUGAAGGAUCCGAUUCCACAAUUCUCGCACGUUAUCUCGUCUUUAGCUGCAGCUUACCAAGACCCGCCACUGGCUUAUCUGCACCUCGUUGAACCCCGUGUCCAUGGGAACAUUACCCGCGACCCGAACGAGGUUGGCGCUCACGAGUCCAACCUCCCCUUCAGAAAGCUGUGGCGCGGCAGCGGACGGGUGACCCUUCUUGCGGGCGCGUUCACUAAGGACAUCGCGAACCAGACGCUGGAGGCAGAGGAGGACGAGACACUGCUCGUCGUGUUCGGUAGGCAUUUCAUAUCGAACCCGGAUCUUCCUGUGCGUCUUCAGCGCGAUAUUCCUCUCACGCCGUACAACCGCGAGACAUUUUAUCUUGUUGGAGAGAACUCGCCGAGGGGGUAUACGGAUCCGCCAUUUGCUUCGCAAGAGGGGAACUAG